AAAUACUGAGGAAAUGUGAAAGUGAAAUUACAAUUGUCUGUUACUGUUCACACCUGAAAUAUGAUGGGGAAUGCAAGUAGAUUAGUUUCUAGCUGACUUUGGAACCGAGUUUUGUAAAUGGAUAAGGUUGUUAGGUUAUGUUCUAAUUUCCUGUUAGGAAUGAAUAUCACAGUUUGUAGUCUAGAUUUCCUGCAGUUCCAUUUUUGAUACUUUGAGCAAUGAACAGAUGCCUCAGCACCAGAUAAGACAGUUUAAUCUGUUUUGAAGUUUAGUCCCACAGCACAACUUGCCCCUACUGAAGCUCUUCAUCACUUGUCAUGCCAGUGUUCAGUUGUUGUAGACAAGGUCAGGAAUGUGUCUAAUUGAAGGGUCUGUAUUGGAUUUAGUAAUCAUAAGAAAGCCUCAGUUCAUUGACAGGGGUUUGUGUUCAGCCCUGAUCACGAUUUGAAUUUCAACACAAAAAAUGAAGAAGCAGCGAAUCAGUACCAAGGAAGCCAUCAUUUUACGAUUUAUUGAAAACCAUUACAAUGGUGAUGCUUUGAAGAAAUUUAUGGAUAUGUCUCCAAGAUUAGAUAAAAAUGAUCUUCAGUUCCUGCGAUUUCUCACAUCCAAUGAACCCACAUUUAACCAGAGGUUAAAUAAUCACAGAGAAACUGUUGAUGCCAUAUUAGAUUUAAAGUCAAUGAAGAAGUCAUUUUCACAGGUUAUCCCAAUUUUGCAAGAUUAUGCUGAAAGAAGUUCCUUUUUGUCAAGAGACUCCGUGGCACUGGUUACAGCAAACAUAUGUGCAAAAGCUUUGGAAGACUAUGUACUGAGUUCUAGAUCACAGUGUGGACAAAAAAGCUGUAUCUUGUUGGAAUUGAAAAUGCAAAAUGAGCUUGCUGAAUUGACCGGAGUUGUGAAGAAACUGGUUACAAUGAAUAAAUUUCAAAUUGAUAGUUUCAAACAGAAGUAUUUUGAAAUGAACUUUAUUCCUUUGCAAGUGCUAUGGCAUUUUCAUUGCAUGGAUUUGGUGCCAUUUACAAGUUACAUAUAUCACAAUGCAAAUCGGAAGGAAGUGAUCGAUCAUAUAAAAUCCAGCAUUGUGAAUUUGCUCUGUUCUCUCAGUGGCAUUUAUUGUCCUGGUCCUGAAAAUGCCUCCGGAACAAAUGAACAGAUGAUGGAUGUUGAAGAAAUUAUAACUGCAGGUACUAAUCAGAAUAAUACAGAAAAUUUUGUUAUCCUUGGAAUGAAGGAUGAAGAAGACGGUUUGUUGCAAUUAAAGCAAUGUAUAGCCAGUGACCUAAUAUCUUUGUUACUUUGUGUGGCUCAAGUUUCAAGUUCUAGCAGUGCAGGAAUCAAGUCCUGUGCCAAGAACUGUGAUGGUAUCCUAGAAAAUAUUAUCGAUAGGGCAAUGAAUAAUAUUUUGUCUGCGUCACUGAAUUCUGCUCCAGAAGUUAAGAUACCUCAUAACCAUAAGGACUACUUAUCACUACUACUUGAAGUCCCAACGCUCAGUGCUGAUAUUCUGGAACCAUUUCUUAACUCACAUUUUGUUACCACACUAUCAUACAAACCACAUGUAGAUGUCUAUACUGCAAUAUCAAAGCAAGAUGCCUGGACAUAUAAACAAUCUCCUGCCAUUUUGACAUCUAUAAUUAGAUCGAUGCUAGUUGGACUACGGGCAGAGAGCGUUGUAGUUCUUAAGAACUUUCUGCAGAAAGGAGAUGUAAAUUGGAAACUUGCUUUGGUCUGUGUGUCCACGUAUGUUAACUGCAUUCCAGAGGGUGGCAGCCAUAUGAAAGGGUUGGUUGACUGGCUGCUUAGCAAAGCAUUCCUGAAUUGUAACCGUAGUCUCCUCAUUGCCUCAUUUCUCAUAGCAAGGCAGUGUUGUGCAGAAGAUUGCGCUCCCUGGUUUCCCAAUUACAUGUCAUGGUUUGGAACAGCGUUUGGACAUGAAUCAUCUUGGGCCAGUCAGCAAAGUUUUGAGUUUUUUAUUCAGUUCCUCACUGAGGUAGUUCCAUAUGAGCCACCAGCGUGUCUCAGAGUUCACAUCGACAAACCUCCUGCAUGUCCUCAAAGUAGCUUCUUUCUCCUGGGGGAUUACGUAACAUUGGCUAAGACUCGACUAAAAGAUUUCAAUGAAAAAAUAGAAUUUGGUGUCUUCGGGCCGGGAUUGACUACAGAGCAAGACAUAGAACAUGCAUUGACACAUUUUGAAACACACAAUGGGGAAAUAGCACAGACAGUGCUGAGUGCAUGCUUGUUCCACCGCCAGCACUUUGAACAAAACUUUCUUAGAAAACUGCUUGCCCCUCGUGUAAUUCCAGACACUCCAGAUAUUAAAGCCAAAUUCAUAAAUAAGUUGCACAGUAUGGGCAAAAUCUCUCAUUCUGUGUAUACGAAGUACCAAGAGACAUGCAGAGCAGAAGCCAGGAUAUUUCAAGGUUAAUUGACUGACAAGCUUAUUCCAUUGUACACAGGAUCUUGUUAUCUAUUUACGUGAUCAAGAAUGUCCUAAGCAGUUCGGAGAAUAUGCUGGUAGCAUAAACAGAAGAAACAAGAAAUGCAUGCAGUGUUAUGGAAAAGACUACAUGAGAGACAAAGGCAUCGUUUGAGAGGACAAUACAAAAUGGAUCUUAGAGAAAUAUGUUGGUGAUAUGAAUGUGAAUAAAGGGAAAGACAGGUUGUAAGGUCAUCAAAUAUUCUGCAAGAAAUUUGCAUUUGAGUUGUCAGAGUAAAAUACUGAAGUUCAAAGAAAUUUAUUGAAAGGCACUAAAGUAUUCAUUAAAAUUGUUAUACGUGAUGAGGUAUUGAAUGAACUGUUGUGUCGGUUGUGAACAAAAUCUUAUUUCAGAGUUUUCAUAAAUUAAUCUGUUUUACUUUCUGUAGCAGAUUUAUAUUUAUAUAUGGACAGUAAUAAAUGGUUCAAACAAUUAAAUUCA